ACUGACAUGUCGACAAAUUGUUACAUUACACACUUCAUCAAAGAAACACUAUACGAAAUUAUUGUAAGGCCCACUUAUGUCCUUUCACGAAUCAAGUGUUCAUCAGUGGGCUUUAUGUGCCCUUGCGGGAGUAACCGGGUUUGUGUGUGGAGCCUUUGUCCAACAAGAGGCGUCCAUAAGGCAGCUCCUCCAGCAGAUUCGAAGGGAUCCCUAUGUCUACCAUCACCGUCACAAGUUAUAUCCCAUGUUAUCCACCUUUGGGACAGACCAUGAGGCCCGUUUGUGGAAUCGUCCUACUUCAUUGGCCGACAAAAUCAGGGAGCUGGUAUUAUCACCGAUCCUCGAUUUCGUUAGUGCUGUGGUGACGCGGAAAACGGAUUCGGCAACCACAGCUGAUCUGCUGGACCUAGUCAAGUACGGACUGCCCAGCACAGAGAACUUGUACGUCCAUAAGGACUACGUGGUUUCGCAGGACCUGCACACGAACAGCGCUAGAUGGAUUUGUGAGCAUUUCCGUGGGGAUUAUCAAAGGAUAUCGUCGGAUGAAGCCGGCUAUAGCACCAUGAAUCUCCGCUACAAUGAUGUGUAUGUGCUGAGCUCCGGUUCGAUGAGCAUCUGCAAGGCGUUCAAGAGGAGAAUCUGGAACGAUCUGGAGAACUACGUGUCCAGCAUGGCCAAGGAGUUUGGCUCAGUGUACGCCUACACUGGACCGAUUUACACGCCAACCUGUUACGAGAUUGGCAAAUGGACCAUGAAGUAUGAGGUGUUUGACUGGAUUCCGAUUCCAGUGCCAUCCCAUUUUUUUAAGGUAUUGAUCGUGGAGAGUGGAGUUCCGGGAUCCGAACCCUUCAUGGAAGCAUUUAUCAUCGAAAACAGCCGAAGGGUUGGCGGCAAGUUGAAUGACCACCGCGUCAAAGUAGGCGAAAUAGAGCGUUACACAGGACUGCGAUUCAACAAGAUCAUGCAACCCGUAGUCCACUUCGGGAAGGACUCCAUUACGGUGGACACCAGGGCCUGGGCCCGCAGAUUGGAGGAAAUUUCGGAGCCUUUGGUAACAUUUCCUCCCGACCAGAAAUUAAAUCUAAUAUAAAACACUGAAUGUAAGUUGUAAUAAGGGAUAUUUUAAUAAAAUUGUAAAAAUAUACA